AUCGAUAGUAUCGAUAAUAUUGCUCCAGCUCUAACAUAAAUUGUUUGUCAUUCAACAAGAUAUUUUGUAAAUCGCUAGAUUCGCUUCAAAAAGCCUGAAAUCCCCUAAAGUAAAUACAAAAUGUACCAGCCAUCACUGAAAGUGCAGCCCACGGAUGUGACCGUGCUAAAUGCCACCGGCCGUGCGGGAAUGCCCACUGAGGCCAACUGCCUGAACCAACUGGCCCACGUCCACCGGCUGCGGGACUCGGAACUCAACUACAACGAGCACCAGUACAACCUCAACAUGCAGAUGCUGCGCAACCGCGAGGGACUCGGCGUGCCCCUCAAGAUGGGAAUGGAGCGAUUCGCCGCCCGCCAGGUGGGCCGUCUGCCCUUCCUUCCGUCCAGCAACUUCAUGGAUGAUGUUCUGACUGGCCGUUGCGACUCUAUCGGUUUCGAGGACUUUAUGAAUCUGCCCGAGUAUAGCGAGCAAAUGCGUCAGCCCCACGCUGUGGUGGAGAAGUCACUGGGCAUUUACCAAUAAAUCCUCAUAAAUAUAGUUGCUUAAAUGCUUGGCAUUUGACCCACACAUUCUAAGAGUUAAAAUUCAGCUAAUAAAAUUUAUUUUGGUUCCCCGGCUAAAGGAUAACAAAAUCACCAAUUUCUUUGAGCCAAA